AUGAAUCUCCAAGCUCUUCAUUUAUAUCUGAAACACCUUCACUCAACUGACACAUCCUCAGGAACAGUUGAGAACUCAACUCCAGCUACAUCAUCCAUUUUGGUAUCCACAGAGGCAAAUUCAGAAACACCAUCCACAAGUGCUAAUACUGAAACAUCUUCAGGGUUUGAAACUUCAGCUACUACUGAUAAUUUGUCAACAAUUUUGUCAACAGUAUUUGAUUCUACAUUGCCAGAAAGCACCACUACAUAUGAAUCUCCAAGCUUUUCAUUUAUAUCUGAAACACCUUCAGUGACAUCAAAUACUGUUGAGUCUACAUCAGAACCCUUCUCUAUUAGCUCAACUGACACAACCUCAGGAACAGUUGAGAACUCAACUCCAGCUACAUCAUCUAUUUUACUAUCCACAGAAGCAAAUUCAGAAACACCAUCCACAAGUGCUAAUACUGAAACAUCUUCAGGGUUUGAAACUUCAGCUACUACUGAGAAUUUGUCAACAAUAUUGUCAACACUAUUUGAUUCUACAUUGCCGGAAAGCACCACUACAUAUGAAUCUCUAAGCUCUUCAUUUAUAUCUGAAACACCUUCAGUGACAUCAACUACUGUUGAGUCUACAUCAGAACCUUUCUCUAUUAGCUCAACUGACACAACCUCAGGAACAGUUGAGAACUCAACUCCAGCUACAUCAUCCAUUUUGGUAUCGACAGAGGCAAAUUCAGAAACACCAUCCACAAGUGCUAAUACUGAACAAUCUUCAGGGUAUGAAACUUCAGCUACUACUGAUAAUUUGUCAACAAUAUUGUCAACAGUAUCUGAUUUUACAUUAUCAGAAAGUUCCACUACAUAUGAAUCUCCAAGUUUUUCAUUUAUAUCUGAAACACCUUCAGUGACAUCAACUACUGUUGAGUCUACAUCAGAAUCAUUCUCUAUUAGCUCAAAUGACACAACCCCAGGAACAGCUGAGAACUCAACUCCAGCUACAUCAUCCAUUUUGGUAUCCACAGAGUCAAAUUCAGAAACACCAUCCACAAGUGCUAACACUGAACAAUCUUCCGGGUUUGAAACUUCAGCUACUACUGGUCAUUUGUCAACAAUAUUGUCAACACUAUUUGAUUCUACAUUGCCAGAAAGCACCACUACAUAUGCAUCUCCAAGCUCUUUAUUUAUAUCUGAAACACCUUCAGUGACAUCAAAUACUGUUGAGUCUACAUCAGCACCCUUCUCUAUUAACUCAACUGACACAACAUCAGGAACAGUUGAGAACUCAACUCCAGCUAUAUCAUCCAUUUUGGUAUCCACAGAAGCAAAUUCAGAAACACCAUUCACAAGUACUAAUACUGACACAUCUUCAGGGUUUGAAACUUCAGCUACUACUGAGAAUUUGUCAACAAUUUUGUCAACAGUAUUUGAUUCUACAUUAUCAGAAAGCACCACUACAUAUGCAUCUCCAAGCUCUUCAUUUAUAUCUGAAACACCUUCAGUGACAUCAUUUACUGUUGAGUCUACAUCAGAACCUUUCUCUAUUAGCUCAACUGACACAACCUCAGGAACAGUAGAGAACUCAACUCCAGCUACAUCAUCUAUUUUAGUAUCCACAGAAUCAAAUUCAGAAACACCAUCCACAAGUGCUAAUACUUUAACAUCUUCAGGGUUUGAAACUUCAGCUACUACUGAUAAUUUGUCAACAAUAAUGUCAACAGUAUUUGAUUCUACAUUGCCAGAAAGUACCACUACAUAUGAAUCUCCAAGCUCUUCAUUUAUAUCUGAAACACCUUCAGUGACAUCAACUACUGUUGAGUCUACAUCAGCACCCUUCUCUAUUAGCUCAACUGACACAACUUCAGGAACAGUUGAUAACUCAACUCCAGCUACAUCAUCCAUUUUGGUAUCCACAGAGGCAAAUUCAAAUUCACCAUCCACAAGUGCUAAUACUGAAACAUCUUCAGGGUAUGAAACUUCAGCUACUACUGAUAAUUUGUUAACAAUAUUGUCAACAGUAUCUGAUUUUACAUUAUCACAAAGCACCACUACAUAUGAAUCUCCAAGCUCUUCAUUUAUAUCUGAAACACCUACGGUGACAUCAACUACUCUAGAGUCUACAUCAGAACCCUUCUCUGUUAGCUCAACUGACACAACCUCAGGAACAUUUGAGAACUCAACUCCAGCUACAUCAUCCAUUUUAGUAUCCACAGAGGCAAAUUCAGAAACACCAUCCACAAGUGCCAAUACUGAAACAUCUUCAGGGUUUGAAACUUCAGCUACUACCAGUAAUUUGUCAACAAUAUUGUCAACACUAUUUGAUUCUACAUUGCCAGAAAGCACCACUACAAAUGCAUCUCCAAGCUCUUCAUUUAUAUCUGAAACACCUUCAGUGACAUCAACUACUUUUGAGUAUACAUCAAAAUCUUUCUCUAUUAGCUCAACUGACACAACCUCAGGAUCAGUUAAGAACUCAACUCCAGUUACAUCAUCCAUUUUAGUAUCCACAGAAGCAAAUUCAGAAACACCAUCCACAAGUGCUAAUACUGACACAUCUUCAGGGUUUGAAACUUCAGCUACUACCGAUAAUUUAUCAACAAUAUUGUCAACACUAUCUACUUCUACAUUGCCAGAAAGUAUCACUACACAUGAAUCUCCAAGCUCUUCAUUUAUAUCUGAAACACCUUCAGUGACAUCAACUACUGUUGAGUCUACAUCAGAAUCCUUCUCUGUUAGCUCAACCAACACAACCUCAGGAACAGUUGAGAACUCAACUCCAGCUACAUCAUCCAUUUUAGUAUCCACAGAAGCAAAUUCAGAAACUUCAACCACAAGUGCUGAUACUGAAACUUCUUCAGUGUUUGAGAUCUCAUCUACUACAGAAAAUUUCUCAGCAGUAUUAUCAACACUGUCUGCUUUUACAUCAUCAGAAAGUUCCACUACAUAUGCAUCUCCAAGCUCCUCAUUUAUAUCUGAAGCACCUUCAGUAUCAUCAGCUACUGUUGAGUCUACAUCAGAGUUCUCCUCUACUACUCCUACUGAAACAUCAAUAGGAACAAAUAGGUCCUCAAUUCCUGCUACAUCAUCAGUUUUAGUAACCACUAGAACAUUUACUGAAAUGCCAAUAACAAGUCCUGAAACUGUAACAUCUUCAUUGGUUGAGACAUCAGAGACUAAAGAAAAUUUGUCAACAGUAUUAUCAACACUGUUUGCUUCUUCAUCACCAGAAAGCACCACUACAUAUUUAUCUCUAAGCUCUUCAUUAACUUCUGAAACACCUUCAGUGACAUCAGCUACUAUUGAGUCUACAUCAGCGACCUCCUCUAUUACUACUACAGAAACAUACACAGGAACAGCUGAGACCUCAACUCCAGCUACAUCAUCCAUUUUAGUAUCCACAGAAACAAAUUCAGAAACUCCAACGACAAGCUCUUAUACUGUAACAUCAGGGUUUGAGACCUCAGCUGCUACUGAAACUUUGUCAACAAACUUCAUAACAGUAUCUGCUUCUACUUUAGCAGAAAGCACAACUACAUAUGUAUCUCCAAGCUCUUCAUUAACAUAUGAAUCACCUUCAGUGACAUCAACUACUGUUGAGUCUACAUCUGCACCUUUCUCUAUUAGCUCAACUGACACAAACUCAGGAACAGUUGAGAACUCAACUCCAGCUACAUCAUCCAUUUUAGUAUCCACUGAAGCAAAUUCAGAAACACCAUCCACAAGUGCUAAUACUGACACAUCUUCAGGGUUUGAAACUUCAGCUACUACCAAUAAUUUAUCAAUAUUGUCAACACUAUCUACUUCUACACUACCAGAAAGUACCACUACAUAUGAAUCUCCAAGCUCUUCAUUUAUAUCUGAAACACCUUCAGUGACAUCAACUACUGUUGAGUCUACAUCAGAGUCCUCCUCUAUUACUCUUACCAAAACAUCAACAGGAAUAACUGAGGCUUCAACUCCUGCUACAUCAUCAAUUUUUGUAUCUACUGGAACAUAUCCAGAAACUCCAACAAGUGCUGAAACAGUAACAUCUUCAUUGUUUGAGACCUCAUCUACUACAAAAAAUGUGUCAACAGUAUUAUCAACACUGUCGGCUUCUACAUCACCAGAAAGCACCACUACAUAUGUAACUCCAAGCUCUUCAUUAACUUCUGAAGCACCUUCAGUCACAUCCGCUACUAUUGAGUCUACAUCAGCGACCUCCUCUAUUACUACUACAGAAACUUACACAGGAACAGCUGAGACCUCAACUCCAGCUACAUCAUCCAUUUUAGUAUCCACAGGAACAAAUUCAGAAACUCCAACGACAAGUGCUUAUACUGUAACAUCUUCAGGGUUUGAGACCUCAGCUACUACUGAAAAUUUGUCAACAAACUUCAUAACAGUAUCUGCUUCUACUUUAGCAGAAAGCACAAUUACAUAUGUAUCUCCAAGCUCUUCAUUAACAUCUGAAUCACCUUCAGUGACAUCAACUACUGUUGAGUCUACAUCAGAGUCUUUCCCUUUUAGCUCAACUGGCUUAACCUCAGGAACAGUUGAAGCAUCAGCUCCAGCUACAUCAUCUAUGUUACCAUCCACAAAUUCAGAAACUGCAAUUACAACUUUAACAUUUUCAGUGGUUGAUACUUCAGCUUCUACUAAUAAUUUGUCAACACUGUCUGCUUCUACAUUACCAGAAACCACCACUACACAUGUAUCUCCAAGCUCUUCAUUUACAUCUGAAAUGCCUUUAGUGACAUCGACAACUGUUGAGUCUUCAUCAGAGUCUUCCAUUAUUAGCUCGACUGGCACAACCUCAGGAACAGUUGAAUCAUUAGCUCCAGCUACAUCAUCUAUGUUAGUAUCCACAGGAGCAAAUUCAGAAACCCCAACCACAACUGUAACAUCUUCAGUGGUUGAGUCUUCAGCUACUACUUAUAAUUUGUCAACAAUACUGUCAACAUUAUCUGAUUCUACAUUGCCAGAAAGCACCACUACAUAUUUAUCUCCAAGCUCCUUAUUAACAUCUGAAUCACUUUCAGUAACAUCAACUACUAUGAAGUCUACAUCAGAGUCAUCCCCUAUUACUCUUACAGAAACAUCCGCAGGAAAAGUAGAGACCUUAACUCCAGAAGCAAAUUCAGAAGCUCCAACCACAAGUGCUGACACUGUAACAUCUUCAGUGUUUGAAAGUUUAGCUACUAGUGACAAUUUGUCAAUAAUGUCAUCAACACGGUCUACUUCUACAUCACCAGAAAGUAACAGCACAGCUAUGUCUAAUACUUUAAGUGUAUCUUCUUCUGUGGUCAACAAUCAAACUUCUUCUAAGAUUACGGUUGUUGUAACUAAUGCAUCUAACAUGAGCACCUUAUCUUUAUCAUCAACUAAAACACCUACAACAUCUAGUUUUGGAGAAUCUAUCACAAGUUCUUCAAGCACUACUGAGCAGUCACUAUUAUCAAGCCCACCAACAUCUACACUGACAAUGUUUCUCACCACCAACACAUCAGUUAAUGCCAACACAGUUAAACAAUCAACAGCAUCAAGUAUAACUACAUUAGGAGAAAAUAUUUCUAGUUCAUCCCUGCCUACAAGUACAAAUAUAACAACCACCAAUUCCUUUACAAGUUCUAACUAUUCUACAAAUGCAAGUGAGGGUAUAAUUACAACUACAGAAGCUAUUGAUGGUACAACCAAUGGUACAGUUUCUGGGACAUCUACUGCACAAUCAACUGAAUUAAAUAUGUCUACAUCAGGACAAGUUUCUAUGUCCACAACACAGUCUUCUAUGACAGAUGUUACAACUGCCACUUCCGUUAUAAGUGCCUCUCCUUCUGUAACCAACAGUGAAAUAUCUGAGACAUCACAAAUAACUGUUGCAACUAACGCAAGCAACACCAGCACUUCAAGUAUAUCAUCGACUUACACACCCACAACACCAAGUUUUGGAGUAACAAACCCAACUACUUCAAGUACUACUGAGCCAUCAAUAAUAUCAAGCCAACCAACAUCCACGCUCACAGCAGCUUUCCCCACCAACACAAUGACAACAACAGCAGGUGGUACCAACACAGUUGAACAAGCUACAUUAUCAAGCACAACUACAUUAGGACAAAGUGCUAACAGUACAAGUGAAUCAACCACCAAUACUUCUACAAGUAGCAUACAGUCUACAAAUGCCAGUGAGAGUAUUAUUACAACUGCAGAAGCUAUAGCUGGUACAACUGGUCAAACCAACACUACAGUUUCUGCUACAUCUACUGUACAAUCAACAGCAUUAAAUAUGUCUACAGCUGGACAAGUUUUAUUAUCAACUACUGUAACUACUAUGCCUAGUUCUGAAGUAAAUAACACAUCUAUAUCAACAAUUUCAAGCACACCAAGACCCACAUUGACAGAGGCUUCUUCUACCAAUACAUCAAUAAAUACAGCAUCACCUUCCACCUUCAGCAUACCAACGUCUGUCAUUUCUAUCAACACAACCUUAAUAACAGUAUAUUCAAACACUACUACAACAUCAAUGACACCUUCGACAGUGGCUUCUCCUACCAAUACAACAACAAAAUCAUCAUCACCUUUUUUGACAUCUGAACCAUCUACUACCUCCACCAGCAUACUAACAUCUGUUACUUCUAUAAACACAACAGUAACAAUGGCAUCAAACACUACUUCUUCAUCAAUUACAUCUUCUACAGUGGCUUCUCCUACCAACACAGCAACAGCAUCACCUUCUUUGACAUCUGAAAUAUCUUCUACCUCCACCAGUGUACCAACAUCUGUCACUUCUAUCAACAUAACAUUAUCAACUGUACGUUCAAACCCUACUUUAACAUCAACAACACCUUUGGCAGUGGCUUCUACUACCAACACAACAGCAUCACCUUCUUUGAUAUCUGAAACAUCUACUACGUCCAGCAGUGUACCAACAUCUGUCACUUCUAUCAAUACAACAGUAACAAAAGCAUCAAACACUACUUAUUCAUCAAUGACACCUUCAACAGAGGGUUCUACUACCAUCACAACAGCAACAGCAUCACCUUCUUUGACAUCUGAAACAUCUACUACCUCCACCAGUGUAUCAACAUCUGUCACUUCUAUCAACACAACAGCAUCAACUAUCAAUACAACAGUAACAAUGGCAUCAAACCCUACUUCAACAUCAAUACCUUUGACCGAGGCUUCUACUACCAAUACAACAGCAACAGCAUCACCUUCUUUGACAUCUGAAACAUCUACCUCCACCAGUGUACCACCAUCUGCCACUUCUAUCAAUACAACAGUACCAAUAGCAUCAAGCACUACUUCAACAUCAACACCUUUGACAGAGAGUUCUACUACCAACACAACAGCAACAGUAUCACCUUCUUUGACGUCUGAAACAUCUAUUACCUCCACCAGGGUACCAACAUCUAUUACUUCUAUCAAUACAACAGUAACAACAGCAUCAAACACUACUUCAACAUCAAAACCUUUCAUAGAGGCUUCUACUACCAACACAACAGCAAUAGCUUCACCUUCUUUGACAUCUGAAACAUCUACUACCUCCACCAGUGCACUAUCAUCUGUCACUCCUAUCAAUACAACAGUAACAACAGCAUCAAACACUACUUUAACAUCAACAACACCUUUGACAGUGGCUUCUACUACCAACACAACAGCAACAGCAUCCCAUUCUUUAACAUCUGAAACAUCUACUACCUCCACCAGUGUACCAACAUCUAUCACUUCUAUGAAUACAACAGUAACAACAGCAUCAAACACUACUUCAACAUCAACACCUUUGACCGAGGCUUCUACUACCAACACAACAGCAACAGCAUCACCUUCUUUGAUGUCUGAAACAUCUACUACCUCCACCAGUGUACCAACAUCUGUCACUUCUAUCAACACAACAGUAACAAUGGCAUCAAACACUACUUCAACAUCAACACCUUUGACAGAGGGUUCUGCUACCAACACAACAGCAACAAUAUUACCUUCUUUGACAUCUGAAACAUCUACUAUCUCCACUAGUGUACCAACAUCUAUUACUUCUAUCAAUACAACAGUAACAACGGCAUCAAACCGUACUUCAACAUCAACAACACCUUCGACAGUGGCUUCUACUACCAACACAACAGCAACAGCAUCACCUUCAUUGACAUCUGAAACAUCUACUACCUCCACCAGUGUACCAGCAUCUGUCACUCCUAUCAAUACAACAGUAACAAUGCAGUCAAAUACUACUUCAACAUCAACAACACCUUCGACAGUGGCCUCUACUACCAACACAACAGCAACAGCAUCACCUUCUUUGACAUCUGAAACAUCUACUACCUCCACCAGUGUACCAACAUCUGUCACUUCUAGCAAUACAACAGUAACAAUGGCAUCAAACAUUACUUCAACAUCAACACCUUCGACAGUGGCUUCUACUACCAACACAGCAGCAACAGCAUCACCUUCAUUGACAUCUGAAACAUCUACUACCUCCACCAGUGUACCAGCAUCUGUCACUCCUAUCAAUACAACAGUAACAAUGCAGUCAAAUACUACUUCAACAUCAACAACACCUUCGACAGUGGCCUCUACUACCAACACAACAGCAACAGCAUCACCUUCUUUGACAUCUGAAACAUCUACUACCUCCACCAGUGUACCAACAUCUGUCACUUCUAGCAAUACAACAGUAACAAUGGCAUCAAACAUGACUUCAACAUCAACACCUUCGACAGUGGCUUCUACUACCAACACAACAGGAACAGCAUCACCUUCUUUGACAUCUGAAACAUCUAGUACCUCCACCAGUUUGCCAACAUCUGUCACUUCUCUGAACACAACAGCAUCAACAGUACAUUCAACUCCUAUUUCAACAUCAACGACACCUUCAUAUUGCAAAAGCGCCUCUGUUUCUAUACAAUUAAUCAGUGUCACUAGCGACACGAUUGUAAUUAACCUGGUCAAACAAGGAGCACCGGCAAGCGCUAAAUACACUGUGACAUUGUCUAAUAGCACCAGCGUUAUAACAACUGCUACUACAACCGAAUCCAAGGUGAACUUCCCAGGUCUCCUGCCAUCGACUGUGUACCAAAUAUCAGUCCAUCAAGAUUCCUGCCCCCAGAGAGCAAACUACACCGUUACUGUCUGGACAACUGCAAGAAUAUAUACUGUCACAGUCAGGGUGAUAAAUCAGAACUACAAACCUGGAUACAGCGAUUCAAGCAGUGCAGAGUUCCAGAGCUUCCAGGCAAAUUUUAUCCUUGAGUUACUAAAAUUGCUCACCACUUUUUGGCAAAACCUGCUGAGAUCUGGCCAGAUGCGCGUUGUUAUAAUAACCCUGAGGAGUGGCAGUGUCAUCAUGGAUUACGACAUUAUCACCAAUGUUGCGUAUAAUUUUACUAUGGAGACUGUGAAUACAACGUUCUUCGAUGCGCUAAAUCAAAGCACAGCCCUCGUGAUAGAGCCAUCAUCAUACAGUUUCAGAACACAAAACAGCUGCGCUUCCGGGCAAAAUGGAUGCUCUCUAAACGCCACCUGUACGCCAGUGGGCGGAUCAUAUACAUGCAAAUGCCUGCCAGGGUUUGUGGAUAACAGCCCAGAUGCUGCAGGAAGAAUGUGUGCAGUAGAUCAAUGUGCCAGUAACACAACCUGCUCACUAUAUGCCACCUGCACAAACACCAUUGGAGGCUAUCAGUGCAUGUGCAAUCCGGGAAUGCAAGAUCAAAACAUCGCUAACCAAGGACAUAACUGCACAGAUAUUGACGAAUGCACAGCCAAUCCAUACACGUGCUCCCAGCUGGCAAACUGUACCAACACCAUCGGAAGUUAUCAGUGUCAGUGCUACCCGGGAUCAAUGGAUCUGAACUCUACUAAUCCUGGCCAGAACUGUCUAGACCCCGUCAGCUGUUACAGCACGCCGUCAUUCUGUACGCAAAGUUCCUUCUGUAUAAAUUCUAAAGACACCAUAUGUGCAAAUACACAAGCGUAUCCAUGUAGUGCUCUGAUGAAAGACCGUAAUUUCACCGCAGACCUUUACAACGCCUCCAGCGCAUCCUACGGGGAACUGUCAUCAAUCUUCACAGUCAAUAUUACUGACUAUGUGAAAGUGAAACUGAACCUGAGCAGCUUCCAGAUAUUUGUGGUCGGGUUCAGGCCGGGCAGUGUGAAGGCCUAUUUCACGUCUGUGACAAAUUCAUCGACUCUGAUUAGUAACUCGGCAUUGACGGCUGCACUGACGAGUGGUGUUCAACAAUAUCUCUCUAAAGACGUCUCAGUCACUGUUAUGGGCUCAAUAAUCCCGCCCACAAACCCAUCCACUGAUUACGGCUGGAGGACGGCGACUAUUGUCAUCGCAGUUCUGCUAGGAGCGUUCUUACUGAUCGCGGUCAUUGUCUCCGCUCUGUGGAUAUACGUCAAAAGCAGAGUCGGCAAAUUCUCGCCCUCAUCUGGUGUGUCCGUUUCUUCGUACAGAGAAUUCUAGGGAAUCUUACAAAGAGCCAGCUUAACCUCCCUGCAUCAUUGUAUGGACUCGACAAAAUAUUUUGCGAUCGAAUCCGCGAGGAGCGUAAAAUCUGUUCACGCUUUAUGUACGGAGUCGGACAUUUUUACAGUUUAUACAACUUGAUUUUUAUUUAUGUUCUGUAGAAGAAGAACGAGAAGCACAUACUGACGUCAAGGUGACCUACCCAUCAGGGAUCAGAUACUGUUUUUAUAUGAACCAUAGCUAACUUUAUACGAGUUAUUUGUUCUUUUGUUACGAUGUGCUUGAACGUCACAUAACAGUCAGUGGGAGCACCAAUACGGAACAUGUAAUAGGGAUAUGUUUUCAAUUAUGUUUGCACUGAAACAAAGCGCUUUAAUUUUUAAUGACUAUUUUUUAUAUAUGUACUGCGGGCAGAAAUGAUCUUUUAUUAUUUAUACAGUGGAAUGUGUAAAGCUGAAGAGUAUACCGAUGGAGUUUGAUAAGAUACGUGGCACGGCCAGGCCUUCCCGGGUCCACGGACUGUGUGCCUGAACGGUGCACGUACCUCUUCUUAAUAAGGGCGGGGCUAUCUGGCGAGGUGCCAGUGGCGUCCUGUUGGCUGCUAUGGUUUACCUGUGGUUAAUUCAUAUAAGGACCGAACCCAGGUAUAAGAAAUAUUGCCAAAGGGGCCACACAGUGUAAUCUCUGCCAAUUAGCCGUAAACAUGAACAAAUUCUACUAUUCUUGGUUUACGUAUUUAAAUGACAAUUUAUAAAUAUGAUUAAAUAUGCAUUUAUAUACCAUAUAGCUAUGAAGGUUUAUGGACAGUAUAAGUCCAGGCUUAUUGUGUAUGGAGUACGUCUCUGUGUAUGUACUAUUGUACUGUAUUUAUGAUGAGAUAAACAGAUAAAGAGAAUAGGUUUGUUUACUAUUAUUUAUUAUGAUGCUAUUUAAGCUGAAUGCAAUAAACAAAUUAUUUUAUUAA